CUCCUGGUUCGGACUGGAGAAAGGUCACUUUACCGAGCUCAUUCAGGAGAAAGUGGACUUACAGGACUGGAUGGAGGAGCUGGAGCAUCGAUGUAUCCAGAUGUCUGGAGAGACUGACACCAUCGGAGAAUACAUUGCUCUCUACCAGACCCAGAGAGCAGUGAUGAGGAAGGAGCACCAAGAGAAGGAGGAGUCCAUAAGCCAGCUGGCCCAGAACAAAGAGGAGAUGAAGGUGAAGCUGUUAGAGCUGCAAGAGCUGGUUUUGUGGCUGGUGGAGGUGCACAACAAAUGGCGGGUGAAGCUCCAAGCACCUGCCCAGAACCCUGCUGCUGAGCCCACUAGCGCAUGCCUAGCCCCCAAGGAGCCUGGUGCUGCCAGCGGCCAAGAUUCAGGAUAUUCUGCAGGUGCUGUGUCCCACCUUAACCGCUCCAAUGGGGUAGCACUGCCCCCAUUGGACAAGAGGAAGGUACAUCAGAACAUGGAGGUGACUGGCUCACUCCAAACGGAGCAGCACACCAACAGCGAGCUGGCCACAAAACUUGGCCAGCUGCGGGAGAAGCUGGCAGAGCUGAAGGAGCUGAGUAAGCAGGUGCUCUAG